CACUGCGCAUUGAUUGUUGUUAGCUAGCAGCCACGUCUCAAAAGGCAGGUGCACAGAUAUGUGCCACCCAUAAAGAUAAAGGUUUGUGCAUAGUGGGUGUAGUCUCAUUUAACUCUCUCUCAUGCUGUGAACUAUGGCAGUCAGCACGGCUGGCUUUAAAGCGGCUCUGCGUCUCAUGUUACCGCAAAGACACAGCGUCUAGCUAACGUCAAUGUGCAACUUCCUCUUCUUUUAACACUCGCUGCUGGCAAAUUCAAACAGAUUCUGCAGCGGAGGACAGGGGCCCCCCGGACUUAUAGCUUUUCCUGCAAAACUGAGACUGAUCAAUUGCUGGACCACUCUGAAGAUGGACUAACCAUCAAAACUCUCUACCGCCUCACUUCCGUCUUAUCACCCACCCGUCGGGCCCCCGAGGGCCCCUCGGGCUGCAGGCGUGAUGCCGGACUGCAGGCAGAGUGCGAGGCAUCCGCUGUGGCUCCUCCUGUCACCGUUCCGCACCCACCAGGACCGGGUGGUGCUGGCCCGCAGUGAGAGCCUUCAAGGGGAGCAGGUGCUGAAGAUCACAGUCACAGAGACUACGGUGAUCGAGGAGGAGUCAGGGGUCUGGAACUGGCGCUCCCUGACCUACCUGGGCCUCUGGUACUUCUUCAGCUUCUGCACCCUUUUCCUCAACAAGUACAUCCUGUCACUGCUGCAGGGGGAGCCCAGCAUGCUGGGUGCUGUUCAGAUGCUCUCCACCACCGCUAUAGGCUUCCUAAAGAUGUUUGUGCCCUGUUGCCUGUACCAACACCAGUCUAGAACCGAGUACCCCCCCAACUUCAUCAUGAUCAUGCUGUUUGUUGGACUCAUGAGUCCAGUAUUGGCAUCAUCAUUUUCUCCAUUUGUCAGGUUCACCACAGUGGUUCUGGGCUUGGUGAGCCUGAAGAAUGUGGCGGUGUCUUUUGCAGAGACAGUGAAGAGCUCGGCACCCAUCUUCACUGUCAUCAUGUCCAGGCUGAUCCUCGGAGAGUACACAGGGAUGUGGGUGAACCUGUCCCUGUUCCCCAUCAUGGCCGGCCUGGCCCUCUGCACAGCCACGGAGCUUAGCUUCAACAUGAUCGGCUUCUCCGCCGCUCUCUCCACCAACAUCAUGGACUGUUUGCAGAACGUAUUCUCCAAAAAACUGCUAAGUGGAGACACGUACAAGUUCAGCCCUCCAGAGCUGCAGUUCUACACCAGUGCAGCAGCAGUCAUCAUGCUUAUACCUGCCUGGCUCUUCUUCUUGGACAUCCCAGUGAUCGGGAAGAGUGGGCGAAGCUUCAUCUUCAGUCAGGACAUUGUCCUGUUGCUGCUCUUCGACGGCGGCCUGUUCCACCUGCAGAGUGUCACCGCCUAUGCUCUCAUGGGCCGGAUUUCACCUGUUACAUUCAGUGUUGCCAGUACUGUCAAACACGCCCUGUUGGUUUGGCUGAGCAUCAUCGUGUUCAGCAACCACAUCAACAUCUUCAGCGCCAUCGGCACCGUCCUCGUGUUCUUUGGGGUCUUCUUGUACACCAAGGCCAGGCAGAGCCAGAGGAAAACCUUACAGGCCUUUGCUGCCAAGCAUAGCCAAAAACCACUUCUGCAGGACCAGAACAACAAAGCCCCUCAUGCACACUGAGGACUCAGCAAUUUAAGACUAAAAUGCUGCCUAAAAAUGGGAUCAAGGUAUGAUAAAAAAAAAAAAAAUCUGUUUUCUUGCUUGUGGCUGUCCAGACUGACUGGAUAUGUUUGUUCGUCACCGUGCACACAUUCCAGUUAAAGGGGACCCACUCAUGUGUUACCUGUCUGUUAUCUGUCUUACCCCGUGUAACCUUGAAUUCUUAAAGAAAACCUUUCCUCGCAUGGCUCCACGGAGAACAGGGAAUCAAAAGAACCGAGUAAAGUCUUGAUGAAUUGAAGUAAAUGGGAGCCGCGUUUAACGACCGCAACACUACAUCAACACAUCCGUUUACAAACUCACACAACUCGUGCAGAAGAAUCCGAGUCUCAUGUAACCCGGCGUACGCUCACUACUUCCCAAACACAUGCAUUUUCUCUUAAACAUUACUGUUUAAAACACUGCUUUGAUAUAGUGUUGCUGUUGUUAAACACGGCUCCCAUUUACUUAAAGACUUUCUCCGUUUUUUAAUUCUUUGUUCACCGUAGAGACAGAUCCAUCCCUAGUCCUGUUCAACAGUAUUGACAGUUUUUCCUUUGUCCAUAACUUGAUUAUGUACUUUCAUUUAAAUCAUCCUUGAUCCUUUGCUUUGUAUAAUAUUCGUCACUAAAAGGGGAAGCUCAGGGUUUCCUUCAGCUUUUUGAAGGAAGUGACUUUUGUAAGAUCUUUGUCUUACGUUUGCAUUCCAGAGUGAGCUGGUGUAUCUCUGAUCUGUGGUACAGCAGCUCCUGAUGAAUGUCUGCUAUUGUGAAUAUCUGUAAAGCAUUGAAACUGUAAGAUUUUAAUUCUGUGACAGUGUAAGAUACCCUGUUUCAUACCGGGUAAACAUCUGAAUAUAAGAUGUUAAACAGGAGGCCUUCUGGAGGCGUGUCCAGCCAAAGCUCAGACUUGCCUUUCGACACAUUCUUUUUAAACAAUGUUUGGAACAUUUCAAAGCCACAUACUGCAUUCUAGGAAUGCUCAUCCUCCAUCAUGAACUGUUGCGGAUGUAUGUAAGUGUUUAUGUACUUGCAUUUCUUGUUUCUUUUUUAUUUGUAAAAUGACUCUUCCCCCAAAUGCAUGCUGGGAUAGCAGCCCUGGCGAACCUGAACAGGAAAAGGGCCUUAGAGAUUAUGAUUGGAUCGCUAAACCGCUGUAGAUCACACAUUCAUCAUCUCAAAGAAAAGACGGUUUUAUUUUCGUAUCUAUGUAUCACACCCCUGUUGAUCAACUAGUAGGAUUCAAUGGAAAACCUAUGACACUGGUGAAAGCGUCAUCUCUGUGAGCCAUCAUGUGGUUGUUGCUACUUUUUACGCUGUUCACGAAUAAGUUCAUGAUCAGAGCUGUGAAGACAGAUUAAAAUUAAAAUUCUUUGUGUUGUUCCCACAUUGACAUCUUGCCAAAAACAGCUGCGUUGUGCCAAUAAUCUAACGUCUUUUUUUCCGACCAUACUGCUACAAUCUUUCUGCCUCAAGUCUCCUACUCUACUGCCGUGAGCGUCCAUCCGGUGUGUGAUGCGACAAAUCUCUGUUGAUCAGUCUGACAAUCUUGGCGGUUUGAGAAUUUUAGUAAUGUUCUACUUUGGCUGCAGUUUUUGUGCCUCAGUCUUUUUUUUCUUUUCUGACAUUUUGAAUUUGACCCUAAAGAUUGUCUGACUUGAAUUAGUUUCUUGGUGCUUAUAAAAACCAGGUGUGGCCGUAGAUUUGAUAUUGAUACCCUACGAAUUUAUCUUUCUACUUUUCCAUAAUAAGUGUUUGGAAUUCUACUUCAGCAUGUUUGGACUUACCUCUUGAAGUUUUCUUUUUGAGUAUUUGUUUUAUUAAAGGUUCACAAGUGGUUAGCGUUGAGGUAGCAGAGAGCGGUUAUAAACCGUUGCUUUGGUUAUGUGCAAAUCAAAGAUGUAAAAAUAUCCACUAAUGUAAUUCUUAAGUCGGGAUGUAAUGAUGUUUGAUGGACACUGUGCAGAAAAUAAAAGUAUUUUUAAGCGUA